AUGGCACAACUAGAGCAACGACCGCAAUCACUGCAUCGGCCACCACUCAGCCACGCUAAUGUAGUGGUGUCUGUAAAUGUUCCCUACAUGGCAGCUGAGCUGGUCAUUGCCUUCCUCUCCACAGUGGGCAACCUCUUGGUGUGUGCGGCGGUCGGGCUCAACCGUAAGCUCCACACAGUUACCAACUACUUUUUGGUAUCUCUUGCAGUGGCGGACGUGUGUGUGGGUGCACUGGCCAUUCCCUGUGCCAUCCUGACAGACACUGGCAUCCCGCGCAACAACCUGUACCUGUGCCUGCUCAUGCUGUCUGUGCUCAUCAUGUUGACCCAAAGUUCCAUAUUCAGCUUGCUGGCUGUGGCAGUGGAGCGUUAUGUGGCCAUCUUCAUGCCUUUUCGCUACCACAGCCUAAUGACGCCACGCAACGCACUGUUGGUCAUUCUGGUCACCUGGGUUUUAGCCUUCCUCAUUGGCUUGGUGCCCAUAAUGGGCUGGCACAAAACCCCACCCGACUCAGGCUACUGCUUCUUCGUGCUGGUGGUGGACAUGACCUACAUGGUCUACUUCAACUUCUUCGCCUGCGUGCUGACGCCCCUAGUGGUCAUGUUUCUCAUCUAUGCGCAGAUUUUUGUCACAGUCAAGCACCAGGUCAGGAGAAUCGCUGCAGAACGAGGCGUGGCAGGCGGUGGAGCUGAUGGAGCGGCAAAUAUUAAGAAAGAAAUGAAGACUGCCACCUCACUUUUCCUAGUCCUCUUCCUCUUCACUGUCUGCUGGAUCCCGCUGCAUGUGAUCAACUGCUUUCUGCUACUGUGCCCAACCUGCCCUGUGCCCCUGCCCUUGCUGCUCACUGCCAUCAUCCUCUCCCAUGCUAACUCAGCUGUCAACCCGUUCCUCUAUGCCUACAAGAUGAAGAGUUUCAGAGAAGCCUUCAAGGGAAUCUUCCUGUGCUUCAGAGGUGUCAGAGAUGGAGAGGAUUAGGGUGGAGGUACAAACACACAAACAUCCUGAGGCAGUUAAUUUUUCCUGUAAUAACUAUAACUUCUCAAACAUGAUUCAUGAUUUUGUUUAGGCUUAAAAACGUUUUAACAUUCAAGCAGAACAUAUGUCAUUCCCAGUUACUGAACUGCUUGCUACACUGCAUAAUAGGGCUUACAAAAGUUACAGGCAAAGUCAUGGGAACUAAAAUAAUAUGCAUACAAUCAUAUUUUGGAAAAAAAACUGAAUGAAAAGUGUGACUGUGCAGAGAAAAAAAACAACUUUUCUGCAAUGAUUUCAAUACAAAUAAAACUGAACUGUACUUUACAUUACAAAAACAACAAUACAAUUGUUAAAGUGUAUUUGUAUUUUGCAUAAGACACUAUGAUUAGUAUACAGGCUG